AAGGCGAAGAGGAUCCGAGGUGGCUUGGGGACAAAGGCAAGAGACCUCCUGCGUUUCCGCUUAGUGUGAGGUGGUCACACCUUCCUGCAAUAUGGAUUUUAAAUCCAGCCUGAUCCCAGAUGGGAACACCAUGGAGAACCUGGAGAAGCAGCUGAUCUGCCCCAUCUGCCUGGAGAUGUUUACCAAGCCCGUGGUCAUCCUGCCUUGCCAGCACAACCUCUGUCGGAAGUGUGCCAACGACAUCUUCCAGGCUGCAAAUCCCUACUGGACCAACCGGGGUGGCUCCGUGUCCAUGUCUGGAGGCCGUUUCCGCUGCCCCUCAUGCCGCCACGAGGUGAUCAUGGACCGUCACGGGGUGUAUGGCCUGCAGAGGAACCUGCUGGUGGAAAACAUCAUCGACAUCUACAAGCAGGAGUGCUCGAGUAGGCCCCUGCAGAAGGGCAGUCACCCGAUGUGCAAGGAGCAUGAGGAUGAGAAAAUCAACAUCUACUGUCUCACGUGCGAGGUGCCCACCUGCUCCAUGUGCAAGGUGUUUGGGGCCCACCAGGCCUGCGAGGUGGCCCCGCUGCAGAGUGUGUUCCAAGUGCAGAAGACUGAACUGAGCAACUGCAUCUCCAUGCUGGUGGCUGGGAACGACCGUGUGCAGACUAUCAUCACUCAGCUGGAGGACUCCUGUCGAGUGACCAAGGAAAACAGUCACCAGGUGAAGGAAGCGCUGAGCCAGAAGUUUGACGCCCUCUAUGCCAUCCUGGAUGAGAAAAAGAGCGAGCUGCUGCAGCGUGUCACACAGGAGCAGGAGGAGAAGCUGAGCUUCAUCGAGGCCCUGAUCCAGCAGUACCGGGAGCAGCUGGAGAAGUCCACCAAACUCGUGGAGACGGCCAUCCAGUCCCUGGACGAGCCUGGCGGGGCCACCUUUCUCUUGAGUGCCAAGCAGCUCAUCAAAAGCAUUGUGGAGGCGUCCAAGGGCUGCCAGCUGGGGAAGACGGAGCAGGGCUUUGAGAACAUGGACUUCUUCACUUUGGACUUGGAGCACAUAGCAGACGCCCUGAGGGCCAUUGACUUUGGGACAGACGAGGAAGAGGAAGAAUACUUUGAAGAAGAAGAAGUUCAGGAUGAAGAAGUAGCUGCAGAAGGGAAAGCAGGACGCCAGUGAGGAGCUGGAUGAGUGAGACACCCUCUGGAUGGAGAGACAGGGCAAAAGGGUGGGCUCGGCUGCCAUGGUGACAGACCCAGGGUGGGAGGGGCUGGGAUCCCUGAAGGGACAAAUGGGGACAUGUCUUCUCCCUGCUCAGAGAGCAGGGACUCACGGAGGACACCCAUCGCUGUGUCCAACAGCCACCGAACCAGAAUUGGAAACGUGCUCAAAACAGUCACACAGGACACUUUUCUACAUUGGUGCAAAAUGAAGUAUUUUGUACGUUUUUAAAAUGUGAUUUUUGUAUAUACUUGUAUAUGGAUGCCAAUCCGGUGCUUUUUGUAAAGGAACUUUUGUAUGAUCACGCCUGGUCAGUGUGUGGCUGGCAAUUGUCACAGAGAGGGAAGGAAGGCAGAUUGAUAGAGCUACCCACUUCCUUUCUUUGGUGGGAGGGAGGGCUGGGUGGCGCUCAAAGGCCUAGAAAAGAACAUUGUACUGUAUGCCAGUGCCCAUCCUCAAGAUGGGGCUGAGUUUGUGUUAUAUGUUGUUUUAAUAAAUGCACAAUGCUACUUUUCUGUUAUCACAAG